AUGUUAUCAGUAACAAAUAAAAUUUUAAGAAAUAAUCAAUACCUAAAUAAAUUAAUUUUCACACCAUUAUCAUCAUCAUCAUCAUCAUCAUCAUCAUUGUCAUUAGUUUCAAUUAAUAAUGAUAAAAUUAAUUUAAAUAGAUAUUAUAUUAAAAAACCUUCAAUUUCAAUUACUCCAAAUUAUGAACCUGAAAAAAUUAAAAGUGCAAUGGGUUUAGAAGAGGGAGCUGAAGAUUUAGAGAUGGAUUUAGAUGAAAAAUAUAUUGAAGAACAAUUAAAUCCAAAGAUUGAAAAAUCAAAACGUGAAAUUAACCAAAAGAAAAAGAUUAAAAUUUCAUCAUUUGAUAUCUAUUUGGAUGAAACUGAAAAUUUUAAAGAACCACAAGUUGAUUUGGUAGAUGAUGAUCAAUUACACGUUUUCCCACCACGAAAGAAAAAUUUUGGUAAGACAAGUUUAUCUCGUCCAAAACAAAAUCCAAUUCAUGAUGGACGUCAAAAAAAUGAAAUCGAUGAUCAAGAGGAGUAUGAAGAUCAAGAAGAGGAUAUUGAAGAAGAAGAGGAGGAUUUUGAAGAAGAGGAGGAUUUUGAAGAAGAAGAAGAAGAAGAAGAAGAAGAAGAGGACGAUUUUGAUGAAGACGAUGCUUAUGGACGUAGAAGGGGGAGAAGGGUGUAUCAAGAAGAUAGAUUACCAAUGGAACACAAAGCAAACCUUUUAAAAAUGAGGGAGAAGAAAAAUAGUAAGAUUUUGGAAUAUAAAAUCAACUAUGAAAUGAAUAGAAGGAAAAAACUAUUGUCAGAGGUUGGUUUCGCUGAUGAAGAGAUUUCAGAAAUGUUUCCAAAAAAUCAAGAUUUAGUUGGUGAUCCAAAAAGCCCUUCAAACUAUAUUACAAAUAAAGUUUUCUCAAAUCAUGGAGAUAUCAAAAAAUUAAGUGUUAGAUUAUAUGAAGUCGAUAAACUUAAAGACAAUCGUACAAAAUUCAAUGAUGAUGUUAUCAAUCUAAAUUCUGUUCAAGUGAUUAAUGUCGAUGGUACUAACAUUGGCUUGAUGAGUGGUCCACAAGCUUAUAGACUCGCAUACACUAAAAAGUUGGAUAUCGUUUUAACAUUUGGUCAAAAUGGUAAUGUAUAUGGAAGACUUGUCACUUUGGAAGAUUUCAUUAAAAUCUCAGAGAAAAGGUUAGAACAAGAGAGAGAAAGAAAAGUUGAUCAUGCUACCAAAGGAACUAAGGGUGUUAUCAUCUCUUCAAAUAUCAAUGAAAAUGACAGAGCCGUUAAAUUUGAUCAGAUUGUUAAAUUCCUUUUGAAAAGACACAGCGUUGAAGUUACAAUCACCUACAAACAAUCACCCCAAGACAAAAAAGAUAGAAUUGUCUUAGAUAGUAAUUCUCCAGUGGCACAAGAGGGUCCAAAGAUUUUCGCUCUUUUAGAACCUUUGGUUAAAGGUAUUGGUAGGGUUCAAACUAAUGUUGAAAAAAAUGGUCUACUCAUUAGUCGUUUCUAUCAACCAUUAACAGUUAAAGAGAGACAAGAACAUCUUAAAAGAAUUGAAAGGAAAGAGAAUACUGAAGCCGAGAGAUUAAAAGAGAAAUUGGAAAGAGAUGAAAUCGAUCGUUUAUAUGAGUUGGGUCUUGAUGCCGAUCCAGUUCAAGUUGCUGCUUCCGUUGCUGCAACCUUAAAAAGAAUGGAAAUUCAAAAAGAGUUGGCAAAAGAAAAUAUCACUCAGGCUCAAUUAGAUCUUUUUGAAGAGGAGGAAAGAGAAAGAGAGAGAAAGAGAAAAGAAAAAGAAGAAAGAUUCAAAUUGGCCCCAGUAUCUGGUGAAGGUUUAUCAAAUAAACAAAUCAAACAAAAUAAAAACAAAAAUAAGAAUUUAGAAAAAAAAUUGAAAAAGAAGGAUGAUGAUGAUGAAUUAUUUUAA